GAUGUUAUCUCAGAUAGUAGAGCUGAGUCUCUACUCUCUCCUAAUGGUUCUACAGGUCCCUACCUGCCAUCAUUUCAUCUACCUUAAAAACUUCACUCUUCUCGUUUCCAUGUUGCAGCCUACGUUCUCUGUUUGGUACCUCACCAAGUUUCACAUCGUCCGCUCCAAGCCGAAGCUUUAUGAGGACUUCAGGGUAAAGCGCCCGCCAUUGUCUGCCAUUAUUUUAACCCUUGUCGCUAACUCACUGCCUGAAGGCAAAGUGCCCCACGAGUUUCUAGUUUCAGGAGUUUUAGCGGUCAUGUUUGUUGGAGUGAGUAAAGAAUGUAACCGACACUUGGAGCACUCAUUGCACGUGCUAGCGACCAACAUAGCCCUCAUCUUGUUGAUAGGACCCAGUUGUGGUUUGCUUGUUUUUCUCUUUUUGCUCAUGUGCCUGAUAACUAUCGUACUAUUUGAAGUGAGGCGCUGUUUUAGUGUUAGCGAGUACGUGCUCGCUACUACCUACUUAUCCUACGCGGUUUACAAGGCCAUAUUUGAUAGCUCCUCGCUUUUUGUGCUCCUCUGUCUCGUUUCCAUUGCAGUUUAUCUUGUUCUGCCCCCUCAGCUGGACAGAGACACUAUCUUGAUCCUGAUAGCUCUCUUUGCUUGGAUUGCUGUGAUUUUCUCCAAGAACAUGGCGAGCCACUUCCUAAGAAUAGAGCACAUCCUCCAUGAUACCCUAGCUAAUUUGAACAAUCACAGGUAUCUAGUUGCUAAUUGGACAGUUUGUUCUGGGCUAGCUCUGCUGUUCACCCUAUUCCCCUUCCCUGGCCUGAACCUGCAUGUACAACGCAAAGUAUACCACGUGUUUGUGUGCAUCGUGUUUGUGAGUGGUAUUACAACCUGUCCUCAGCUGCUCUCCACCGCUUGUGCUGCUCUGACAUUUGUCAUGUUUUUCUGUGAAGUAGCGUACUGUAGAGGUGUUACUUUCCUCAGAGUGCAACUUCUAAAGUUCAAAGGGUCCCAGGAUGUGGAGCCCCUGGUUUUAACUCCUUUUUACUUACUUAUCGGACUCUCGAUACCUGUUUGGACUCGUUUUGGGACAUUUUCUGUCGAAAUGCUGACAACCCGGGCUUCUACCACAUUCCUACAAUCUGUUUUACCGUACACCGGAGUCAUGACCAUUGGGGUUGGAGACGCGUGUGCAGCUCUGAUAGGCACUGCAUUUGGGCGUGUCAAGUUGCCCGGCACUCACAAAACAGUGGAGGGUCUACUGGGGAACAUAGCCGGACAGGCUCUAUUCAUGGUGCUGAUAGGACCUUAUCUUAAGUGGGGUGCUAGGGGGGCUAACGACGCGCUCAUCCUCGGGAGUGUCAUGAUAUUGUCUAGUUUAUUGGAGGUUUACACUCAGGAUAUUGAUAAUCUCAUUAUUCCGAUAUACGCUGUGUUGUGUCUCGCUGUUCUGUGAGAGUUCUGUGAGAGUGAGGAGCUUGUCAAUGUAACUUUAAAUUUCGUGUUUUCUUCUUUUUUUCUUUAUCUUAUUAUUAAAUGGGGUUAAAGAUAAGUUAAUGUGUGUUUUGUGUGGAAAAUUCAAGUUUAAAUGAUAUUGCAUUCUUGUAGUUACCAUUUGGAUAGUAUAUCAGAUAGCUUAUGAUAUUUUAGUUUGAAACAAAUUCGCGGUUGUUAAUAGCUGCUUUUUUGAAAAUAGGGAUUCAUUAACUUAAUUAAAGUCCCAAAAGAUCCAUUUCU